AUGGGAUCAAAAAGAAAGAAGCAAGAAAAGAAGAAAGACUUCCUUAAACCGAAGCUUAAGGUCGGAAAGACAGCAGCUAAACCUUCUAAUUAUACAGAUACCUCUUUCACUGCAAAAUCUAUUUCGCUUCCGAACCAGUCUCUUGUCAAAAGUACCAAUGGUCUGACACAAGUGAAAGAGGAAGUUGAUCUUACCCACCAUCUCCUGCUUACGAAGCACCAUGCCGCUACAACAAGAAAGGAGGUGUUAAACUACAUCGAAAACCAUUUGCCUUCUAAUCCUUCGUUAUACAAACAAAUUCUUUCUUUGACUGUUUCGUUGAUCACCGAUCAGUCUAAUAAUGUGCGGCUAGCUUUCGUCUCCCUUCUAGCAGCAUGUGCACAAAAACAACCUGGGCUUCUAGAACUACACAUGCGCUCAAUAAUAUUGUUUGUUCAUUCGGCCAUGUCACAUAUCCAAAGUGACAUCAGAGGAACAUCCACUGCCGUCUUGAAUGUACUUAUAGACCAUGCCUCAAUCCCAUUGGUUAAAGGACACUUCGUCAAGACUCUCAAGAGCUAUUUUACUCUCAUGUCGUGGAAUAUCUCAAAUGACAAAAAGGCAAUCUCGUAUGCCGUGAACACAUCAGCCACUCUUGGAGGUGCAAGCAAAAAAGCCCGCGUUGGCCAUUUGAAUGUAUUACAGAAAUUCUUGAGGGCUGCUCUCUUUGAAAAUUCUCAAGAGGAUGUCUCAAGCAUAAAUUGGGAUGCUUGUAAUACCAUUCAUCCACAUACAGCAAGACAUAUGCUUCCUAAUAAUCCUCAAGCUUUCACGGCUUUUAAGUUCUUCAUUGACGAACUUCCGUCCAGAAGAAAUGAUGAUGACGAGAUCGCUGGAGAGGAUGGGGCCUACUCGCUUCAUGAGAUCGAUAACAUCUCUACGGAAGACCAGACUACUAGACGUAAAAUCUUGAAAGACAUUUUUUUGGGCCCAUUAAAGAAGAACUUAUUGAAUAUAGUGAAAGAAGGUGGGGAGGCAGGUAAAGAAGCGAAUUCAUGCCUCGCGGUCUUGGAAAAUUUCGAAAAGGAAAUCAAAAAGUCGGAACAAACAUGA